UGAGUAUGUCUUUGUUCUGUGUCUUAUUGUCUGCAUAAAUUUGUUUUUGUAACCCAAUUCCACCAAUCAUCGGUCUCCUUCUCGCGCCAAAUACAAAAACCACCACCAUUUUCCAUUCUCCUCCUUCCUCUCUCACUCCCAUACCGGGUUUGUGAGAUGUCGGAUGUGCCAGUCAGCCCGAGUCACGACAGUGGGGGCGAGCAGAGCCCGCGAGCUUCGUCGUCUGGUGCCAGGGAACAAGACCGACUCCUUCCUAUUGCCAAUAUCAGCCGCAUCAUGAAGAAGGGUCUGCCUCCCAACGGCAAGAUUGCUAAAGACGCCAAAGAUACUAUGCAGGAAUGUGUUUCUGAGUUUAUCAGUUUCAUUACCAGCGAGGCUAGUGAGAAAUGUCAGAAAGAGAAGAGGAAGACUAUUAAUGGAGACGAUUUGUUAUGGGCAAUGGCCACUUUAGGUUUUGAAGACUACAUAGAGCCCCUUAAGGUGUACCUGGCAAGGUACAGAGAGACGGAGGGUGACACCAAAGGAUCUGCUAGAGGUGGUGAUGGAUCUGCUAGACCAGAUCAAGUUGGCCUUGCAGGUCAAAAUUCUCAGCUUGUUCAUCAGGGUUCACUGAACUAUAUUAGUUUGCAGGAACAAUAUAUCCAUCUCAUUUCUUCUUUGAAAUGAUUCAAAAAGAGAACGAUUUCCCCCUUUUAUUCAUCAGGUCAAUGCUUUUUGUUUAUACAUGCUUAUGCCUAUGUGUUAGAUGCAGUAUUGUUCUUUUAUAAAACACUUUAAAAGGUUGUAUACUUUAUAGAUACAUAUUGGUGAAGUAUCUGAAAAUAUCGGUAUCAAAUAUAAAUACGUGAAACAAAUAGAAGUAUCAGUGUAUCAUAACCUCUACCAUUGUUUGUUGUAUUGAUUCCAAUUUCUUAUAAGAGGAGGGAGGACUGAUAUUUACAAGCAAAGUUCAGUGCCAGCAAUUUGAUAUUUUCCCUUUGUUGCUUGUGCAAUUGCUGUUCUUAGCUUUGAGAGGAUCAUUUUGAUUAACUUAUUUUUUAUGUUAAGUUUGUGGCUUUACAUUUAGUUCUGGUCAAUAUAUUUGAAAUUUUUAGUUUUAUUCCAUGAGUACUUGGUGUCUCAAGCAUAAAGAUUAGAUUGUCCUUUUGAAACAUAUAAUUUAGAGGGAGCUUUUACAAGUCUAAAUUGAGUUACAAUUUUGUUGGAAACCUGUUGCUUUAGAAAAGCACACGCAAUUUGAAGAUUAAUGGAGAGAGGUUUCACAUCUCAGGAUAUUUUAUUGAUUUUGAAAUUGGUACUCUAAUUAAGCU